UAUAAAUCCAUCAUAUCUUUAACCAAACUUAUUUCCAAUAUUUAUUAUUAGGUAUGCAUCGUGAAUGUCGUUGGCUUCAUUUAAUAUUCAAUCUAGUUUAUGAUUGUAAUUUAUAUUCAAUUUUUACUUCAAAAUUAUUCUCAAAUUUAUUUAUUCAGUUUCAGUUCAUACUCUCGAGUGCUCUAGGUGUCCUUAAAUUAACAAACAGAUAAAACAAUAAACAAUUAAUUUGUUCAGUGCGAAUUCAAUGAGAAGACAUUAUUCAUUAUUGCUUAUAUUUUCAGCGGCAGAAAAAUAGAUAGGUAAAAACUUUUUCGUCAAGUACCUACAGGUAUACGAAAAACAUAGGUACGAGUAUUAUACAGCUCAUCAAACAUUUUAAGAUAACUAUAUAAUUCAUUUCAACUGAUCGUGAAAAUAUGUGGCUUCCGAUUUUCACGACGUUCUUGGCCGUUUUGGUGAUUGCUUCAAUAGUAUUAAGCAUUAAAGGCAGAAAUAGAAGGAUGUUAGCUAACCGAAUACCAGGCCCAGAAGGAACAUUUAUAGUGGGCAUGUUACCGUUGGCCAUACAAGGAGCUGAACAAAAAAUCAAAGGUGCACAAGACGUAUACCGAACAUACGAAAAAUCAAUGUUUAAAGCUUGGUUGUUUAAUAAAUUAUACAUUGUUCUUACUCGGCCCGAAGAUAUUGAAUUUGUUCUUGCCAGUCCUAAAUUUCUAAGAAAAGCUAAGGAGUAUAUGGUUUUGCAACAAUCCAUCAUGGGACAAGGGAUAUUUACGAUCGAAGACAUAAAUAAAUGGAAAAUCAACAGAAAAUUGGUGACUAAAGGUUUUAGUUUUAAACUGCUGAAAGAAUUUAUACCGAUAUUUUACGAAGAAGCACUAGUUCUUGCCGAAAUACUCGGGGACAAUAGCGACUCGACAUCAAAAGAAUGUGACAUCAGCGUUCCUGUCAGCAUGGCUACGAUGGAAAUGAUCGGGAAAACCGCUUUGGGGGUCACGUUCAACGCUCAAAAGGGUGGCUGUAAUCGAUUUGUUGAAAAUUUACUAACAGCGAUGCACGCUUGGGAAUAUAGGAUCACACAUCCGUGGUACUUGAGCAGUACGCUAUUCCAGUUUUCGUCGAUUAAACAAAAACACGAUCAUAGUCAAAAAAUCAUCAACGAGUUCACCGACGAAAUAAUCAAAUCAAAAAUCGUCGAGAUAAACAAUUCAGGAAGCGAAAACGGUGUGAAUGCAGAUGACGACGACAUUGGACGAAAUACAAAAACGCUCACUAAAAUUUUCCUAGAAAACCCCCAUGAAAAUAUGACUCUUGAGCAGAUACGAGACGAACUUGUAACAGUUAUGAUUGGAGGACAAGAAACAACUGCUAUGGCGAAUGCUUGUGUGGUUUUCAUGUUGGCUCAUCAUCAAGACGUACAAGACAAGGUGUUCAAGGAGCAGGAAUCAAUAUUUUCGAUCGGAGAUCGUAACAGACCUAUCACAUACAACGAUUUGCUUCAAAUGGAGUACCUAGAACGGGUGAUCAAAGAAACACUGCGGCUUUUCCCUCCACUUCCAGUGUUCGGCAGAGACCUAAAUGAAGACACGACAAUCGGAGAUCACCUAUGCCCCGCCGGUUCCACGCUGAUCAUCUGCCCGUUGUUCCUGCAUUCGAGUCCACAGCACUACGGAAGCACAGCCCACGGACCGGACGCGUUCGAUCCGGACAACUUCUUGCCGGAAGCCUGUCACGAGCGACAUGCGUACGCGUAUAUCCCUUUCAGCACCGGACCCCGGAACUGCAUCGGUAUCAAGUACGCGAUGCUCCAGAUGAAGACGGUCGCGUCCACGCUGGUCCGCCACCACAGGUUCCUGCCGUCUGACAGGUGCCCAACGCCGGACCAACUGCGUCUCGUGUUCUUGACGACGCUUAAACUGGCCGAUGGCUGUUAUGUCAAAGUUGAGCCACGAAGACCGCAGUGACCAGCUGCUGGGGCGUCUGCCACAAUUUAUACCGGCGUGUAUACCGAGCUGGUCGAAAACAUCCAUAUUAUUAUUAUUAAACUGAGUUCUUAGCUACGGCGUUAUUGUUGUGUCAUGUGGCUUUCAUCGUGUUCUGAUUCGUCGUUAUAACCGUGGUAUCAUAUACUAAUUAAUAUGAUCUACCAAAGAAGUCGGGCCGAGAUGAACUUUUGUACACUGCAUGACUGACGACGUAGCUGUGAAUCCGGCUUUACUAUAUUUAUUAUUAUUAUUAUUAUUAUUAUUAUUAUUAUUAUUAUUAUUAUUAUUAUUGUUAUUAUUAUUGUUAUUAUAUUAUUUUGUUUCCUUA